CGUCGUUCAGUCAGUCGAUUCGGUAAAAAUCUACUACAUCAACAUGUCUGGACGUGGUAAAGGUGGAAAGGGCUUAGGCAAAGGAGGCGCCAAGCGUCACCGCAAAGUAUUGCGUGAUAACAUCCAGGGUAUCACUAAGCCUGCCAUCCGUCGUCUUGCUCGCAGAGGUGGUGUCAAACGUAUCUCUGGUCUGAUCUAUGAAGAAACCAGAGGUGUCCUGAAGGUUUUCCUUGAAAAUGUCAUCAGGGAUGCCGUCACCUACACUGAGCAUGCUAAGAGGAAGACUGUCACUGCUAUGGAUGUGGUCUACGCAUUGAAACGCCAAGGACGUACCCUGUACGGCUUUGGUGGUUAAACCAUCUCGAACGCUGCAUCUCACACCUGUCAAGAAAACACCGGCCCUUAUCAGGGCCAUCCCAAAUUUUCACGAAUAAGCUUGAGUCAAAUGCAUGUAUAAUGCCAACCUUAUGACACAGCCACAUAAUUAUUUUUAAUGUAUUUCUAUUAGCUCGCUCUGUACUUUUCUUACAUGUGUUUAGACCAUUUGUUUUUAAUUGUACAUCAACGUUGAUUUUGCAAAAGAUCUUCAAUAGCAGUAGUAUAAAUUCAAAAUUAAGUAUGCUAUUCACAGCCUUUAUUAUUAUUAUUAAAGCUAUACAAUUUCUCUGCUUGAUUUUUAGAAAACAAAAAAACACUAAUCUUAAAAAAUAAGAAUUAAAAGAAAAUGCGGCGCGUCUAAGGGCAUAAUAUGUAGUAAAUGAUAAAUAAUUUUUAAA